AUGGACGAAUUAGGUCUUCCUCUGAGAAUGUUUGAGGCGGGUUCAGAACCAUCAGGGCGGAAACGGGUUAAUAACUACUUCAACCUACGGUGGAUUGACAUCAUAAAGAGUGCACUAGAGGAAGAAGUCUUGGAAAUGUUGAAUGAGUCGCAGUUCCAGAGAGUUUUGCAGAUGGGUUCGCAUACUUUUUCAGUAAUGUUCCUCCAUUACUACCUCUCACGUCAGUUGCUAACUGCAAAGGAGUAUGAACUUUGGUGGAUCUUCGUUGGGAAGCCGAUAAGCUAUGCCAUACAAGACUUUGCUCUAGUCACCGGACUGAACUGUGGCGACGGCGUUGGGUUAACUGGAGAAGCCGCCGAGAAAGGUAUUGGGCGAGGGAAGGCGUCCGGUAAAGGCAAAUCAUCUAUGUCAAUAUGGGAUGAUUUAUUUCGUGGGGAAGAGAAGCCCACACCUGGAUGGAUCGUAGAGCGGCUUAUGAAGGGUAAAAAAUACAAGGAUCGGUUAACCCGUUUGCGGCUUUCGUUGUUGGUAUUGGUGGAAGGGAUUCUGUGUCCAACUUGUGGGACAACAAAAAUCAGACCCGAAAUAGUGAGCAUGCUUGGUGAUCUUGACGCUUUCAUGAAGUAUCCAUGGGGCAGGGAGUCAUUUAUACUGACUGUUAGAAGUACAAAAGCAAGAUCUGCUGUUAAUUAUGUGAAGGAUACAAUGGCCAUUCAAGGAUUUACCCAUGCGAUGGUAUUGGUUACUGUGACUGCAUGUCCUUCUAUCAUUAUUAAGACUGGCGGUGCGGAUCCUCUAGCAGAUUCCACCCUGUCGAGCGAAGAAAUUAUCAGCAGGGUUGUUGAUAGAAAGGUGGUGGUCAACAUUGUCUCGGCCAAGACGGUUGAUCAACUGGGACAGGCAUAUGUACGGUCUUUGAUUAGCACAGAUGAAGAGGGUGAGGAUCUUUAUCGUGGGUUGGGAGAUAAGGAAGAUACGAGUGUUGAUACCAUGGUUGCUUUGAUUGACGAUGAUUACCCAUUUGAGCAUAAUACUUGGUCAGGUGGUGUGAAAGCGGAUGAGGUUAAACUGAAGAAGGGUCAUGCACAAACUUCGGAGUCAAGUGAUGAAAAUGUUCCCGAGCCGGUUGAAAAGGAUAACGCUCAUCAUGGUGGCGUAGAGAGUGGUGGUUACCCUGGAGAUCCGAGAGGGAAAUCAUCAGCUAACCCCUCGGGUGCCCCGCAUGGUGGUGAGAGUUUCCAUUUUGAUGUCCAAACAUUACUUAGGCGUGCAGCUGACGCAUACGAGGAGAAGGUUAUUGCAAUGUAUGAGGGCUAUAUUCUGAGUUUGAAGGGCCAUUUUAAUUCUGAAGUGGGAGGCCUUCGAACCAACUUACAAGCAGCUACAUCCGCGAUUGCCCCUUUGGAAAGUAAGGUCACAGGGGAGUUUGAUAAGAUCAAUCAGUUACUGAAGUCUCGGCUUAGAGGUGCGGAUAUGGGACCAACGUAUGGGUUCAGUCCUGAGAGACAUUCGUCACCAUUCCCAGGUCAGAAUGAUGAUUUCAACAAUCCAGAGGUUAAUCCCGAUCGACCCACUACACAUACUGGUGCUCCUGAUGGUAUGGGUACCCAUACAAAGUUCGUUUCAACACAGCGAGAUGGAGAGGAUGUUGCAGGAACAGGGACCGCCUCGGUUGGUUUGGGUCAGAAUCUGGAUGAAGGAGAAAGGGGUGGAGGACUAUCUCCGGGUAAACAGACCGACUCAACUGAUGGAGUCGAAUUUAGAGCUGAGACAGGGGGCGAGCAUAGGGGAGAUGCUCACAUUGGACAUGACCCCAUAAACAUGGAGGACCAAGUGAAUGUAUCAUCGGAAUGCCGCAUUGAUGACCCAUUGUCUGGCGUCGUUAAUAAAAUUCUAUCAGAAGCCGGCGUUGAUAAAGAUCCACUCCGACCCUCUACUGGCUCUGGAACUGAUGUACCUCAGACAUCAGCAGAUGUCAUUCCGGAGAAAGUGGGUCUUGAUGGUGUGCAUGACGAUCGCAGUGAGGCUGCUGUUGGGAAGAAGGGUGAGGAUGUGGAUGAAGAUGAUGUUACAAUUACUAAAGUUCAGGUUGGACGAGGGAACACUGAUGCAGCCGGUGGUCAAGUAGAUGGUGGGAGACGUUUCAGUAGACGUACGCAUACAAGUACCAAACGCUACACUCCUCCUGCACCCACCGUCCGUAAGAAAGAGGGAAACAAGAAAGUGCCACGUCAAAUGGAUGAUAAUGUUCCACCUCUUAAACGGGUUAAAAAGGUGUCGGUUGAGCCAAAUAACCCAAAGCCUCGUCCUCAAGAAAAACCCACAUUUAUAGGUGGCUUCUCCCCAUUUACUCCUCCAACCCCAGCUGCAAGAGAGGCAUUUUUGAAGAUAAUGGCAGAGGCAAAAUCAAAUGCACCAUCCCUCGGGUCAGUCAUUUCCAUUGCUUCUUUGGAUGAUGUGUUCAAUUGUACCGGUGUUUGUUCGUAUGAGACUGUGGAUCGUGUUACAGGUUGGAUAAGAAAGAGGCGUGACAGCAAUCCAUCUUCAAAAUUUGACUUCAUCCCUCCAACUUUUUUUAUGGAUCUAAUCCGCAGUUAUCCUGCUUUUGAAGCCAUGCAAGAUAAGGCCGCCUUCACUUUUCCGAUGUCUCUGCGCAGCCAGUUCAUGCACCGGCCACAGUGGUUUACGCAAGUAGAUUUUCUCUACACUCUGAUUCUGGUUAAAGACAGACACUGGGUUGGCAUGAUAGUAUAUUUAGCUAUGUGGGCCAUCUAUGUGGUGGACGCGAACCAGACAUGUCCUCCUAUUUCUGUGGUGAAAGAUGUCGUCAACCCGAUAUCGAUUAUGAUGCCUCACAUGAUAUCGAGGUUCUGUCUAACUUCCCGACCUCGUGAGUUGAAUUACCUUCCGUUCCCCAUAUCUCGCAUAGAUAUACCAGUUCUACUUGAACAUCCAGGGUACGCCACGGUGGUGGCACUGAUUCUGUUAGAGAUCGCUGCGUUGGGGAAUCCUUUGAUUGAUAUGUCUCUAACUGAAGAGGAGGUUCGUGUUGCAGCGGAGAACUAUGCGAUAUCUACGCUGGGUAUGUUUAAGGUGGUCCCCACUAAUCCUGCAGUUUAG